CGGCCACUUCAAUCCACUCAACAGUAUCACGAUCCCAGUCGUCAUUCGCACCACCGCCAACAUGGAUGCUCCCGCCGUCGCCGAACCCUCGGCGCAAAGCCAGCAGAACCCCGCCCCCACCACCACCACAGCGCCCGCUGCCGCUACCUCGACGACUACGAAGCCCGUUCACUCCCUCGUCAUCGACGCCAACGUCAUCAUCAAGAACGACCCCAGCGUCUCUACUCUUAUCGCCCAAGCCGAGGAGCUCUACACCAUUCCCUCGGUCGUAUCAGAAAUUCGCGAUGAGGCCACUCGACUCCGAUUCCAAACCACCCUCAUGCCCUUCCUCAAGUUCCGCACCCCCCGCCCGGAGUCCAUCAAGUUCGUCACCGACUUUGCCCGCCGCACCGGUGAUCUUAUGGUCCUUUCCAAGCCCGAUAUCCACUUGAUCGCUUUAACGUAUGAUCUUGAGUGCGAGAGGAACGGUGGUGAUUGGCGGUUGAGGAAGGAGCCCGGGCAGAAGUCGGUCAAUGGUGCGCCACCGGCUAAGGAGGGCGAAGAGAAGGAGGCCACAACCGAGGAGAAGAACGACGCUGCUCCCGUAACGGAGGAGAAGACCGAGGAGGUGAAGCAAGUGGAGGAGCAGCUCGAGAAGCUGGACAUUGGAAGCCAAGAGCAGGAGACAACACCUGCUCCCGAGGAAGAGGAGGAAGAAGAGGAGGAGAACGAUGGCGAAGCCUCCGACGACGACGGCGAAUGGAUCACCCCCACAAACAUCAAAAAGGUCCAAGCCCGCGAAUCCGCCCACGUCGCCCCCGAGCCCCUCCAAAAAACGCUCCAGGCAGCCCUCAUCACCUCCGACAUGGCCAUGCGCAACGUCUCCCUGCGCAUCAACCUGAACCUUCUCGACUCCGCCUUUGCGCGCAUCACCGUUCUCAAGACCUGGGUCCUCCGCUGCCACGGCUGCUGGAAAGUGUGCAAGGACACCACCAAGCAAUUCUGCCCUUCUUGCGGCCAACCCACGCUCACCCGCGUUUCUUGCACUACGGACGCCGCCGGCAACUUUACUUUGCACCUCAAGAAGAACUUCCAGUUCAACAACCGCGGAAAUGUUUACAGCAUCCCUAAGCCGACGCACGGUACGGCGAGCGGGAAGAACCAGAAUGUGAAAGGUGGUGGAAAGGGAGGUUGGGGUAAGGAACUGAUUCUCGCCGAGGAUCAAAAGGAGUAUAUCAGGAGGACGGAGGAGGAGAAGAGGACGCGGUAUAGGGAUCUGAUGGAUGAUGAUUACUUGCCGGGUAUCUUGACGGGGCAGAGGCAGGGCGGGACGGGGAAUAAUAGGAUCAAGGUCGGAGCGGGGAGGAAUGUUAAUGCCAAGAAGAGGAGGUGAACGGUUAGCCAGUGUGGCUAGCUAAUGUGCUUGGUUGAUGCUGAGGGCAUCCUGGAUCUGGGCUGAAAGGAAAAAGGGAUGAUUUCUGCUUUUGUUGGUAGUCACUGUCAAUGGCGUCAUGGCGUUAGGUUUCAUCAAAGAUAUGUUUGUUUU